AUGCUAUCUUACAAAUACUACGACACCCCUGAAGGCCAGGAUGUUUAUAAGAAAGUCUUUGUAACAUCGAAAUAUGCUGGUUUGGCAGGACUAGGAGUAGCAACUAUGGAUGUUCUCAUGUACUCGCAUCCUAAAGGAAUCUUCAACACUGGGCUCAGAUAUGCCUAUUACCUUGGCCCCAUGGUCGGUAUGGCCGCUGCGUUCACAGUUACCGCUAAUACUGCUCAGAAUAUUAGGGGCAAAAAUGACACUUUAAACUACUUCCUUGGAGGUGCUGUCUCUGGUGCUGUAUUUGGAGCUUGGCAAAAGAACCCUACGGUUGCCGUGCCAGUAGCACUUAUUCUUGGGGCUAUAGCAAUGGUCAAAAAGACAGCUAUAGAUGAGAAUUGGACCUUGAUCCCUGAGAUACAUACUGCCCAUAAGACUAUUAAAUCUGUUAAACAUGACUGGAGUUUAGUCAAAGAUAUCGAUGAAUUGAAAACCUGGUCUCCUGGUUCAAAG